CACUGUGCAAGUGGAAGCAGUGACCAGCUUGGUACUGGAGACUACAGUAAUCCUCUCACAAUCCAGACUCCUGAUGAUGUCUUCCUCCGUCUGAAUGGAGCUGUCAUCCCUAAUAACGGCCUUUUGAAUAUCAGUGAUAUUGGCUCCUCUGAUGACACUGCUCUACUGUGUAUCACUAACCGUCCUCCACCAUCUGGCAAUCCCCCUAAUUCUGGAGGAAACUGGCUUGCUCCAGAUGGGACCAGAGUGGGUGACAAAGAUAAUAAUGAUGUACAAGGAUUCGUAAGAAACAGAGGUCCUAUGGUAGUGAGACUGAAGAGGACCGCUGGUACUGCAGCUGAAGGAAUAUAUCGAUGUUCAGUUAAUGAUACUGACUCCACACCCCAUUCACUUUAUGUAGGACUGUACACCAGUGGAAGAGGUCAAGUCAUGCUAUCUACACUUCCUCCACACUCCAUCACCAGUGGAGCCAGUCCUCAGUUCACCCUCACCUGUAUCUCCACUGGUGGACCUGCUACCACUGUCACUUGGACCAGAGACAAUGUUGAUUUCACUGGAGAAGUGCAAAAGACUGUGUUGAAUGACCCAGAGACUGCAAACUAUAGCCACACCUUGAAUGUGACCACAGCAGGAGAUUACAUAUGUACUGUGUCUAAUAUUGCUUUCUCUGCUUCGGCUACUAUCCCAUUAGAAGGAACAUCACCUCCCACUGGUGUGACAGCAGUCCAGGAUGGUCCCACUAGUAUCACAGUGACCUGGACUCCUCCCUCUCCACUGGAUGGUAUCACUGGCUACACCAUCUCCUACACUGGAGGAGGCAGUAACAAUGAGACAACUGUCAGUGGUGGAGAUACCAACAGCUACACUCUGACUGGUCUCACCAAUGGACAGACAUACACCAUAUCCAUUGUAGCUACGUCUCCAAACCAACUGGCAAGUUCCCCCAUCAUGAAACAAGUUAGACUAGUGUCGACUCCAGCCCAGCCAGUGGUGGACACCAAUACCGUUGUGGCCACAGCAGAUACAAUAACUCUCUCCUGGGCCGUUCCUCCUGAUGUAACUGGCUCAGAGGUGAGCUGGGAGCUAACAGAGGAGAGGAGAAGAAGACGAGUCCGCAAUGCUGAGGAAGGGACUAGUGGACCACUCUCUGCAGACCAGAACAGCUACACUAUCGACAAGCUGAGGAUUGGAACUAGCUAUGACAUCACUGUCACAGUCUUCAACCCUGCUGGGAACUCUUCCACCACCUUCACUCGCUCUACUGAGGAAGGAAGUCCCACAUCGUCCCCUAAUGAAGACAGUGGAGGCUCAGGUGUAGGAGGAAUAGUGGCUGGAGUCAUAAUAGCCAUUGUCCUAGUGGUUGCCGUUGUAGCAAUCCUUAUCGUGGUGGUGUGGCUGGUCAAGAGAAGGAGCAGAACUGUCAGCAAGUAUGUACCAGCAGAGAGAGACAGUGUGCGCUUCUCUGCCAAAGACAGCAAAGUGUCUUCUGAUGAAGCCCCAGUGAUAGUGGAGUUCCCAGAGGACACCCUAGUCCAGGAGGGAGAGGGGGUAGUGCUCAAGGUCGAGGUAACCGGAGUACCCCACCCCAAACUGACGUGGUACCACAACGGAGUAGAGGUGGUGCCGGAUUACUCCAGGGAGCUGGCGGAGGACGGGACUCUCACGCUGCCCUCUGCUGAGACCAAACACAGCGGAGUGUACCAGCUGGUGGCCAGGAACAGAGGAGGCAGUGCCGAGAGAGAGGUGAAACUGCAGGUAGAGCAGGAGGGUGUGGAGGAGGGAAUCGCUGCUGAGGAGCCGUCCUACGAGACUGUGGCUCUGCGUGGUCCGGUUCCCGUGGCUGUAUUCGGGAGUCACGUGGAACAGCGACACUCAAAGAACAACAAGCCAUUCAAAGAGGAAUAUGAGGGACUGCCCACUUACGCGGAUAAGCCCGUUACCGUAGCUACCACUCCUGACAAUAAACUCAAGAACCGCUUCGCCAACAUCUGUGUCUAUGAUGACAACCGCGUAGUGCUGAACCCACUGGCCAAAUAUGACUCUGACUAUGUCAAUGCCAGCUAUGUUGAUGGCUACAGUACCAAGGGCAAGUUCAUCGCCACUCAAGGUCCCCUACCAAAGACAGUGGUUGACUUCUGGAGGCUGGUCUGGCAGGAGAGGGCCCCCACCAUUGUCAUGAUAACGAACCUGGUGGAGGGGACCAAGAUAAAGUGCCAGCAGUACUGGCCCGAGGGCGGGGCCCAAGGAUUUGGACCGUUCCAGAUCACCGUCACUGACCAGCAGACACUGGCUGACUAUACAUUGCGACGUAUUCUGGUCCAGCUGAAGGGAAGUUCAGAGCGUCCACUGAACGUGAGUCAGUUCCACUUCACAGCCUGGCCUGACCACGGAGUGCCCGACUAUGCCACGCCCAUCCUGACCUUCCACAGGAGGGUGAUGAAGGAACACAAAUCUGGACCUAUAGUCGUCCAUUGCAGGUCAGCCCCUUAGAGAACUAUCUUUGCUGUACAUAAGUUCAGGACAUUCAGAGUGGAGUAACUAAAGGGGUUUUCUACCGUCUUAGAAUAAUGGUGCAUUUGGUUAAACCAAACCAAGGCCAAAGGAACCAACAGCACUCUUGAUGUAGCAUAAAGUAAGGCCAAGCAUUAUUACUAAGUGGUUAGAAGUAAUGAAGAAAACAAACUUACCAACACUUUCAAAACAACUGGACUCUAACUUCGCUCCUUCUGAACUACACACACACUCUCUCCCCUCUCUCCUCUCCUAACAGUGCUGGAGUGGGCAGGACAGGAACAUUCAUCACUAUAGACCAAGCCCUCGAGGCAGUGGAGAAGGAGGGAAAAGUGGACAUCCCUGGAAUCAUAGCUAAUCUGAGGCAGCAGAGGACCAAGAUGGUUCAGACACCGGACCAGUAUAUCUUCAUCCACGAUGCCAUCCUGGAGGCAGUCACGUGUGGAGACACUCAGGUGGAGUCUGGAGACCUGAGGAAGAUUCUGGGCCGGCUGCAGAGGCGGGACCAGUCAGGGAGAACUGAUAUGGAGAUACAGUUCUCUGUGUUGGAGCAAGUUAGUCCCAACCCUCAAGAUGCUAAGGUGUCUGUCGCUCUCAAACACCCAAAGAAAAACCGCUCCAAAAACUUCCUGCCUCUGGACAAGUGGAGGGUGGUGAUAAAGGGAGAGAGUCCGGAUUAUAUCAAUGCUAGUGUGGCUCAUGGCUACAAGCAGCAGAGAGCCUUCAUCAUAGCUCAGAAUCCAAUGCAGUCCACUGCCAGAGAUUUCUGGAAGAUUGCGUGCGACAGGAAGUGUGGAGUGUUGGUGAUGCUGUGUGACCUGGUGGAGAGUGGGAAGGAGACAUGCUACCAGUACUGGCCUUCCAGUGGCUCCCUCACAGUUGGAGAGUUCACUGUGGACCUGAUCCAGGAAGAAAGGCUCUCUGGAUUCACUAUUAGGAACUUUGGAAUCUACGAUGAGAAGAGCAACAAGUCCCACCAGGUGACCCAGUUCCACAUCACCAACUGGGCACCCGAUGGGAACUGCUCCAACAUCAAGACCGUCACUGACGUGAUUGAGGAGGUCGGUAAGGUGCAGAGGAGGACCGGGAAUCACCCCAUCAUGGUCCACUGCAGUGAUACAGUGAGCAGGUCGGGGAUGUUCUGUGCCAUAGCCACCACCAUUGAGAGGUGUAAGACAGAGGGAGUGGUGGAUGUGUUCCAGGUGGUCAAGGCUCUCCGUGUACAGAAACCUGGAGCUGUACGCACUGUGCUGCAGUACAGGAUAAUCUUUGAGGCUGUUUUGGAAUACCUCGACUCAUUUGCACUCUACUCAAACUUUUAACUGACUGAGAAAUGAUGACUUUGUUUUGCAAAACUUUGUCUCCUCUUACAUGUAGCUUUAUAUAAAGUUGUGGGUUUUAUUAAUUUUUUUGCUGUACAUAAUAUUGUGUGACAUACU